AUGACCGAUGAUGCUGGCACCAGCUCUACCGCCGGGGUUCCAGGGCAAUCUUCGCGCCCGUCCGGUAGUGGAACCCGGCGCCGCCGGUCGGACUCGGUCGCGCAGAGGAGAAAGGCCGGCCUGCAGAGGAAGUUUCAGUUCAUGACGUCGCUCAUGAUGGACCUUGACUCUCUUGUAUACGCAGAGAUAUGUCUUUUGUACUAUAUGGAUGUCUCCAUCUUCCGCCUCCUCAUCCGCCUGGCGGUUCAGUCCUUCUUCCUCAGCCCAAAGUCGGACGAGUUCGUGAUGCUGAUGCCAACGCACCGGCCGCACACGGCAGCAGUCCUGGUCCCCAACCUCUUCUGCAUGCUUAUGCACCUGCUGUGGGCGCUGCCCAAGGGGAGCGAGGCCUCGCGCGGCUACCUGCACGGCGGCGUCGUCAUCGACUUCAUCGGCGAGAAGGCCCCCACCUCCAAGCUCAAGCUGGUGCUGCUCGACGCCGUCAUCCUGACCCUGCAGUGCGUCAUGAUCGCCGUCCACUCCGAGAGGGAGAGGCUGCGCGCAAUCGUCAAGCCCCGCGUCUCGCGGUUGCUGGCCGAGGUGGCCGGCGGCGGCGGCGGCGGCGGUGACCCCCUGGCCGGGACGAGGGCCGAGGCUACCAUGGAGGCUUAUGAUGCCGAGGAGAGGGGUGUCGCCAGGGAUGGUCCGCAUGCAGGCGAUGCGGCCGAGGAGAUGGAUCCGCCGCCGCUGCGGUCAGGACGGAGGCCGCCGGAUAUGCGCGACUACAUGAUGUCGGGGAACGCUGUUAUAGGGGAUUUUCAUGUUCUGCAUUCUGUCCGCACCGUCGGGCACGACUACCAGGCCGCCGCGGCCCAGUCAUUGCAGACUAUUGGAUUCGCUGCCGAGCUGGCGAGGCUUGCUACACGCCCGGGGUCGAGAUUGGCGAGGCUUGGCGCGGUUCAGCGCAGGCAGCAGCAGCAGCAACAACAGCAACAGCAGCAGCAGCAGCAGCAGCAACAACAGCAACAGCAGCAGCAGCAGCAGCAGACAGACGGAGCUGUUUAA